CGGUGUCUGUUUUUCUUCUUCUUCUUUUUUUCAGGGAUGAUUAGUUAUAGUUGGAGGUCUACGGCAGUCAGCCUAGACUCCGACGGCUCAGCUGUGAUUGGAUGAUGUGACAGUACGUGCUGACAUUCCUGUGUAGAAGUGAAAUGGCACAGCGCUGGUAUUCUCUAUAUGAUCUCAUAGCGCGGUGAACGCGCAGCCUCUGUAUUUACAUCGUGCGGCUCUGGCUGGGGAACAGGUCUUUGCAUAACAACCUCCGGCUUUACCUGCUACGCGUGUUUUCCAGAGAAAGAACAUCUGAGACAGAAGGUGUUUUUUUUUUUUUUUUACCUCCCUCAUUGUUGAUGUUAUAUCCACUGGCGUCUUGUGUUGGGAUUCAACAGAGAGAAAGAGAGAGAGAGAGAGCGCCCUGUGCGCUCAGGCUGAUCAUCGAGCCCAUUCUGUCUGAGGCUCCUCAUCCGAGGCAGCAGGUGUUCUGACAUGUAGACCGAAGCAGUCUCUUGAUUGGCACCUUAGCUCAUCUGUGUCGGGUUGGAGGUGCAGAGAAGUCAGCGUGUCUGUCGGGAUGCUCGGUCAGUCUCCUCACCUUAUUGGAGGCAUCUUGUGGAUCCAGAAUCCAAUGAGAGCUGUUCACUGCAACCUGAGCCAAAAUGGCAUCGACCACCAGCUGCGUCCUGAGGACAUGACGUCUCAGCUGGAGGAGGACGAGGAGUUGGUGGACGCCGAGGAGGUCCUGCUGGACGACGACAGCCCAAGCUACUCGGACAUCCCCCGACCUUCGUACCACCGCCGCUCCCCGCCACACCGCUCCGUCUCCGAGUCCGAGCUGACCCGGCCUGGAUACGUAAAGCUGUCCAAACCAGUGGCCCUGUGGACUCAGCAGGAUGUUUGCAAAUGGCUGAAAAAGCACUGUCCCAAUCAGCACCAGAUCUACAGUGACUCUUUCAAACAGCACGAUAUCACAGGACGGGCCCUCAUGAGACUAACGGACAGAAAGCUGGAGAGAAUGGGGAUUAUACACGAAGCCCAGAGGCAGCACAUCCUGCAGCAAGUCCUGCAGCUUCGCGUCCGUGAGGAAGUCAGGACUCUUCAGCUCCUCACGCAAGCCUCUCUGGAGUGCAGUCCGUCGUCGCCAUAGAUUGAUGGAUCAGGGCUUGCCCCGUCACGGUACGACGCAGACGCCGCCUCCACCAACCGUCUAGAACUUCCUCCCGGACCAAUCAAAGUUCCUCGUCUCACUCUUCGGGUCUCUGUCCUCCAUGUCUCUCCAAAAAGACCGAUCUCGGGAAAGAAGACCAUCCCUCCCACCCUUCCAGUCACUCCUGAAAAUCUCCCACAGCUUCCCGCUACAUGACCAGCCGUUUCCACAGCAGACGCCCCUUUCCCCCGUUCUUUUUGCCCUUCGCAGUUGAACUGUCCUCAGAUCUUAAGUGCUACAAGUUCUUUUAAAGCAUGACUGAGAUUCUCACAGACUGCAGAGAUUUGCACACUUGCUUUAUGAAGGAACAAUUAUGAAGGAAGUUUUUUUUUUUUGCACCAUUUCCUUAGUAGUUGCACAAUAGUUCCAGUAUCUCUUCUCCGGUAACACCUACUGUGCAGAUUGUCCCUCUCCCCCUCAAACAUCAUGUCUUACUCUGUCUGUGGCAUGGUAGCCUCUCCAGUCCAGCACUUUAACGGUUGUUUUCAUCCAUGCAUCGUCUUCUGCUAAGCCUGCUUCUGCCCCGCUGCGGACUUUCUUGCCAGGCAGAAGGAAAAGAAGGCUGUCAACGGGACGGCACGCACCCCGCUGCCCUUUUCUUCCUCUUUAUCUUCAAAGCUGUGUUCCUGGAAAAAAA